CACAGGUGGGCAUUCUGACCACGACGGUAACCAGCAUACAUAUGUUCUACACUAGUGAGCUAGAGAUCGUCAACCGGCCUCUACAUCGAGAACAUACUCUAGUCAUGGUACAGUCAUGGAAAAUUUAAAACUGAGGCUGCAAUUCCGGCAGAAUUCGAUCCCCUCUGUCGGUACAGGUCCAAAGCUCAGCUCAUAUAAGGCAGAGGAGCUACAUGUGAAGUAAAGCCUGGGUGAUGCUAGAGGGGGCACCUACGAUACGUGAAUUCCUUUUUUUCAACAUCAACAGUUGUUAUUUACUGACGAUCUUAUGCCUCCAGGCCAAUAGUCAUCGAGAACGCAGACUAGAAGCCCCAGUCACCUCCCACAGAGAUUCACUUUGUCAUUCCAGAGAUCAAUUUAUCUCGAAAGUGGUGCACGGAGUGCUGGGUGACCCGGAGUUUGGUCAUGGGCUAGGCUUGCUAGGCUGGCAUCUGAACUGCUUGUCUACGUGGGGAGCAUUGUCAUCGCGAGCCUGGAACUGAUACGGCAUCGUUGGGACAAUGGGUCGGGGGAUUGCCGAUGAAAUGAU